AUGCAUUUCUCCAUCAUCGCCUUGAUCAUUACAACCGCCUCCCUAGUGGCAGCUGACCCAACCCCGUGGCCCCAAUGCGGCACCUGCAAUCCUAUCUCAGGCGAGAACUGGUGUGAUCCGUCCACCUCGUGCAUUAACACGGGGAAAUCAUUCCAUUGCGCCUGCCGUGCUGGCUUCAAGGCGUCCCAGUACAAUGACGACACAUAUCAUCAGUUCCGCCUGCCGAUGCCAAAGUAUGAGUUCCUUGUUUUCGUUCCUGAGGAGACGGCUUGCAACACUCCCUGUGACGAUCUGUAUGCUGCUCCUUCCGAUCUUUGCAACGAGGUCAAGCUUCAGCACCAGUGCGCGGCUUAG